AUGCCCCUGUCCCUGGGAGCCGAGAUGUGGGGCCUUGAAGCCUGGCUGCUGCUGUUGUUCCUGGCAUCGUUUACAGGCCGAUGCCCGGCGGGUGAGCUGGAGACCUCGGACUUAGUGACGGUGGUGCUGGGCCAGGACGCAAAAUUGCCCUGCUUCUACCGAGGGGAUCCUGACGAGCAGGUGGGGCAAGUGGCGUGGGCUCGGGUGGACCCAAACGAGGGCACCCGGGAGCUGGCCCUACUGCACUCCAAAUAUGGGCUUCAUGUGAGCCCCGCCUAUGAGGACCGCGUGGAGCAACCACCGCCCCCACGAGACCCUCUGGACGGCUCCGUGCUCCUGCGCAACGCUGUGCAAGCAGAUGAGGGCGAGUACGAGUGCAGAGUCAGCACUUUCCCCGCCGGCAGCUUCCAGGCACGGAUGCGGCUCCGCGUUCUGGUGCCUCCCCUGCCUUCACUGAAUCCUGGUCCACCACUAGAAGAGGGCCAGGGCCUGACGCUGGCAGCCUCUUGCACUGCCGAGGGCAGCCCAGCUCCCACCGUGACCUGGGACACAGAAGUCAAAGGUACUCAGGCCAGCCGCUCCUUCAAGCACUCCCGCUCAGCUGCCGUCACGUCAGAGUUCCACCUGGUGCCUAGCCGAAGCAUGAAUGGGCAGCCACUUACCUGUGUGGUGUCUCACCCUGGCCUGCUCCAGGACCAGAGAAUCACCCACACCCUCCAAGUGGCCUUCCUUGCAGAGGCCUCUGUGAGGGGCCUUGAGGACCAAAACUUGUGGCAUGUUGGCCGAGAAGGAGCUACACUCAAGUGCCUGAGUGAAGGACAGCCCCCUCCCUCAUUCAACUGGACGCGGCUGGAUGGACCUCUGCCUAGCGGGGUGCGAGUGAAGGGGGACACUCUGGGCUUUCCCCCACUGACCACUGAGCACAGUGGCAUCUACGUCUGCCAUGUCAGCAAUGAACUUUCUUCGAGGGACUCUCAGGUCACCGUGGAGGUUCUUGACCCUCAAGAUUCAGGAAAGCAAGUGGACCUAGUGUCGGCCUCAGUGGUGGUAGUGGGCGUGAUUGCUGCAUUCUUGUUCUGCCUCCUGGUGGUGGUGGUGGUACUCAUGUCCCGGUAUCACCGACGGAAAGCACAGCAGAUGACCCAGAAAUAUGAGGAGGAACUGACUCUGACCAGGGAGAACUCCAUCCGAAGGCUGCAUUCUCAUCAUACAGACCCCAGGAGCCAGCCGGAGGAGAGUGUAGGGCUGAGAGCGGAGGGCCACCCCGAUAGUCUCAAGGACAACAGUAGCUGCUCUGUGAUGAGUGAAGAGCCAGAGGGCCGUAGCUACUCCACGUUGACCACAGUGAGGGAGAUUGAAACACAGACUGAACUACUGUCUCCGGGCUCUGGGCGGACAGAAGAGGAGGAGGAUCAGGAUGAAGGCAUCAAACAGGCCAUGAACCAUUUUGUUCAGGAGAAUGGGACCCUGAGGGCCAAACCCACAGGCAAUGGCAUCUACAUCAACGGGCGAGGGCACCUGGUCUGACCCAGGCCAGCCUCCCUCCCUAGGCCUGGUUUCUUCUGCUUCCAUGGGGGAUUUCAACUCUUCUUAGGGGAACCCUCCUUAAAAGCCUGCAUUUCUUUAGGAAGAUACUUCCCACCCCACUGACUGCUCCACUUUUACCUCCAAUCCUGGUCAUCAGGAGGGUCCACUGAUUGAGUGUCUCCUAUUUGUAUGUGUGUGUGUGUGUGUGCGUGUGUGUGUGUGCGUGCGCGCGUGUGCGUGGCAUGCAUUGUGCUGUCAUGUUAAGAGUCCCAGCGAAUGGUAUGUGUACCACAGGAUUUGUGGCUGUGCACAGAACAUUGCUAGGGUGUGGCUCGUGCCUAGCAUGCCUCAUGUGUGACCUCUGCCUGCAGACGCAGGUAUUAUCCUCAGACCCCAGAGCAGUAUUAGUGAUGCAGAGGUUGGAAGGGAGACGUGGAGACUGUGGGCCAGAUCCAGGUGUGCGGGCAUAGCUGGAGCUAGAAUCUGACCUCCAAAGUCGGGGAGCUGUGUUCCCACCCUUGGGGGGCAAGUGUGAAGCAGGCCUCCAGGGGUCUGCCAGAGGCUUGAACUGUUACAGAAGCCCUCUGCCCUCUGGUGGCCUGUGGGCCUGCUGCACAUACACACCAUACUGUCUGUAAAUUAACCUCCAAGGGAGCCUCCUGAGGUCCCCUCAGGCUCCCUUAGUAAGAGAAAAAGAAACUUAAAAAACAAACAAACAAACAAAACCCUUUUUGUUACUGUGCAUGCUUCUUGCUGGGCUUAAGCAAGGCCAGCCCACAUAGGCAUCAACAAGACUGUUUAGCAGACCCCACAGCAGGAGCUAAUUCUUAUGGUUCUGGAAAGUUCUCCUCCUAGGGCAUCUUCACCCAAAGAGGCUCUGGGGAGGAAACUGACAGCUGGCGGAGUCUGGAACCAGUGGUGUGAGGUAUAAACACGGGGAGAAGAGGGUAGAGAUAGGGUGUUUGGCUCCCAUGGCCCUUCAAAUCUUCCCCGAGUUGUGUCCACAGUUCAAACCUUCACAGAGUUGGGACCUGGUGUCCAGGGCCCCUGGUUCAGUUGUGUAGAGGGCAGAGGGUAGCAAGGGAAGGGAGAAGUUCAGGGGAGGUUUGAGCUGCUGUGGGCGAGGGUGAUAAUAGCUCCUUCCCCAGGGUUUCUGAGUCAUUAAUUUGGGGCUCUUCUGGCGUUUUCUAUGUGUGGGGCUUGGGAUUAGAUGUUUUUCUUUAGCCUGCCCAAACCUACUCAGCCAGAAUACUGAGAUUUACUAUUCCAACCUUGUUUGGCCUGCAGUCUGGUCUGACGGAGAGGCUUUCAUCUCAUUCCCAUGGACUUGUGGACCCCAAGGAUCUGGGGUCCUAGUAUGUAUAUUUUAUGUAAAUAUAUGUAUAUUUGUACAUAAAAUGAUAUUCUGUUUUUAA